AUUCGUAAAUUCGAUACGCAAAGGGACUGCCGGGCAUGGUGAUGGCGGCAGUUUCCAAAUGUUCUUUUCUAGAGACAUUUUUCAUACUUUUUUGUGAAAGUCUUCAAAGUCUUCGGUGACGAACGCUACCUAUUUCAAACGAUUGAGACAUAUAUCACGCAACUGCGACAAAGCCAUUUUGAGCUUGCUGCCGGCGCGCGCGUUGUUGCCGCGCGUGAGGCUCUGGCGAGGAACUCAGUUGCUUAGCAUUUGUUGAAUUAAUUUUUUUUUCAAGGCUAGUGACUAAAGAUCAUCAGAAAAAGCAAUCGGUAUAAGUGGCCGAUUUAUUUUGCAUAUUACUGUCGCGACUCAAAGACAAUGUCUGAGGGCGGCUUCUCAGAGCUGGUCCAGCAGGCCAGUCGGCUCACCACCGACAUGGACACCGCUGCGCCGCUGCCGCGAGUCCAGCGCAACCUCAAACAGCUGCUGCAGGCUGGAGAGCAGCUGUGGGCGCGCACUGCCCAGACUGGAGCGCAGGAUGUCAAGGCGUCGAUCCUGCUGGGCUCCAAGGGCGUCGACCUGCCAGCCCUCUCCAUGCGUCUGGAUGCCCUGGACGCUUCCAGAACAUUCCAGCCGCUGGAGCCUGUUCAGGACACGGACAUCGCUGGAUUCCUGCGCAACGAGCGAGAGAACGCAGUGCUGACCGUCAUUGAACAGUCCCGGAAAGAGACAUUCGAGGCGGUGGACCGGGCGCACUACGAGGCGUUCAGCUCGUGCUGGGAGCUGGCCAAACACCGUCUGCUGAGCACGCUGGCGCCCUCCGGGCACGAUCUGCUCGACGUCACUCUACAGCCCGAGCUGUCGGUGAGCUCGAGCUCUGGCACGGCCGGCGUGCGUAGCACCCUGACCGCCCAGGAGAAGGCCUACGUGGACACGAUUGCCAAAUACAUCGAGCAGCUGAGCUCGGACGGGCCGCGGCCAGACCUGGUCACCACCUGCCGAGAGCUGAUGGCCAAACUCGGAGACGAUGUGGCCGUGGAGCUGUGGGACACGGUGCGCUGCGUCACACAGGUGGGCGUCCGAUCAGAGGUGGGGCGCUUCUCCAACUCGGUGCAGGCUGCCAUGAUACGACAGGCCAAACGCUUCCUCGAGACCAGUUACGUGUCGCGUCUGCAGCGUCUCGUGUACAGCCACCUGUCAAUAGCCGGUCUGGGCGGCGAGCCGGGCACUCUCCAACUCGUCCAGUCGUACCUGGCCGUGCGCCCGCCCACCGCGGCGCCCGACGACCCGCUGCUGCAGGGCCUGCCCGCCUGGGCGGUCAUCUACCACUGUUUGCGCUGUGGCGACCCGCCGGCCGCCCGGCAGGCUGCUCAGCGAGCCGGGCCGCCUCUGUCGGACAUCGCGCGCGUUCUGGCCCGUGUGGAGGCCAGUCAGGACGGCCGGCUGCCGCCCGAGUGUCUGUCGGAGCUACGACAGUUGCAGUACAGCUGUCGGGCCAGCGGUACCGGGGACCACUACACCAGAGCGGUGUGCUCGGCGCUGGGCGCGCCGGACCUCACCGAGGACACGGUGGAGCGGUCCGCUGACCAGACCGCGUCCACCGACGACUUCCUCUGGAUGAAACUGAGCGGCCUGAGCGCGCUGCCCGCCGGCGACGAGCAGCGCGCGGCCCUCUCCCGGCUGCAGACCACACUGGUCGACAAGUACGGCGAGUCUCAUUUUGACGCGUACAACCAGCCGGCGCUGUACUUCCGCGUGCUGCUGCUCACCGGUCAGCUGGAGGCAGCCGUGGAGUUUUUGGCGCGCGUGGAGCGGCUGCGCGCGCACGCUGUCCAUAUCGCGCUGGCACUGCACGAGCUGAGUCUGCUGCUGCUGGCCCGAUCACCGCAGGCGCCGCUACUGUCGUCCGACUCUGACGCCGGUGGCCGCCGACUGAACCUGGCCCGUCUGGUACUCCUCUACACGCGCCGGUUCGAGGGCCCCGAGCCCGAGUCGGCGCUCCACUACCUGUUCCUGCUGCGCCGCCUGCCGCCCGCCGAGGGCGGCGAGGACCUGUUCGCGGCGGCCGCCGCUGAGCUGGCACUCCAGUCGGGCAGCUACGAGAGGCUGCUGGGAAGGAUGGCGGCAGACGGACGGAGGCAGCCCGGAGCCCUCGAUAGGUACGACAACUUUGACGCGCGUCCCGUCAUCGAGCGGGUGGCUGAGGAGUGUGAGAGCCGCGGUCAGCUCGAAGACGCCGUACAGCUGUACGACCUCGCCGACAAACACGAUAAGGUUCUGGAGCUGCUGAACCGCCUGCUCAGUCAGCUGGUGUCCAGUACCGACACGGCGCGCCGGGAGCGGCUUCAGGGCACCGCCAUCGGCAUCGCCCGGCGCUUCAAGGAGCACGGACACAGGGGAUCCGCUGAGUCUGCCGGCACUCUGUACCUGCUACUGGACCUGAUGUCGUUCUUUGACCUGUACCGUCUGCGGCGGAUUGACGGGGCGCUGGAGGUGCUCCGUCGGCUGCGACUCGUGCCGCUGCAGCAGAACGAGCUGGAGAUGAGGCUGGCAGAGUUCGGGAGGCUGCAGGAAGAGGUGCGUCGCUGUAUGCCCGACGUCCUCCUAGCGGCCAUGACUCUGCUCCACUCGGCUCAGCGCGGCGAGGCCGGUAUCGCUCCGACCGAGCUGCGCCAGACUGCCAGACUUCUCAUCACGUUCGCUGGCAGUCUGCCCUACAGACUGCCAGGCGAUACACACGCCCGGCUGGUGCAGAUGGAGGUGCUGAUGAACUGAGGAUAAACUGGUGGGGAAGGGAGGGAGAGGAGAGGAAAGGGACAAGGAAUGAACGGAGAGAGGAGUGAAGAGAGAAGGGAUUUGAAGUGAGGGUAUGAUAGGAUGGAGACGGGAGAGAAUGGAAAGAAAUUGGAGGGAGGACAGCCUUUGUUGCUGAACAUGUCAAGGGGGGGCGGUGGCAGUGACUGUUUCGCGGAACCUGAAUGGGGAAUGACCAUUAAGAGCGGGAGUGAUGGGGGGAGCACUUCUGGGCUUGCAUCAGAAAAGUAACUGGCCAACGGAGAAGGGAGCAAGGCGAUGGUAUACGAUUGGAGCGCAUUGUCCAGCACACGUGACAUUGUGAAUGUGAAAGGAUGGAAUCGAGCGUGUACUUGUUGUCCGGCUGAUUUUAGCGGUAAGCUCGUUGUGUGUGCUCGUUCUGUCCUGAGAUGGAUGACUGUAUUUUCGGCCCAGUUCAUGUUUGUAACGAUGUAUGUAAGAUGAGGACAUGCCAUGCCAUCUCUGUACAUUUCUUGCGCCAGGUCAUGGAUGUGGUUGUGUCGGGAAGAAAAUAAAUUUUCAAUGAAACCAUU